CUCCUUCUGGUAUGUGCAACUUGGUUUCCUGGGGGCAGUAUAAUAUGAGACAUUACAUGCAGAUUUGACGAUGAACAUGAAAUACAAAUGGUUGCAUCAUAUUGAAUUAAUAUUAAGAUUGUUGGCUGACAACAAAAGAAUAUUCGUACCUUCCGCUGUUACUGUAAAGGAAGACGGAGUGAGAGCAAACAAGAGAGGAUUGGUUGGAUAGUUGACUUCAGAGUUUUCAGAGAAGCCUGUUUUCCUGGGGAGGUGGACCAGUGGGCGACCGUCUUCCUUCUUUGGCUCCUGUUGUGUCAUCUGCACUGAUAGCUGCUCUUUGAACUCUUGGCUACGUAAAAGAGGACUGGAGACAAGACACUACUAUGAUCAAGCACAUCUUCCAUUUCAAACAGCAUGGAUUUCUUCUUUCAGCGUCAUUUCCAUCUAUGGCAAAAGAGACAGAAGUACCCCGCAAACGUCUGUCAGCCUGGGCCUGCAGUCCUCGUCAGCAAAGCACGGCGCCGUUCUAGUAUUGGCCUGCCCUCCAUAGCACUACUAGAAAGCAGGCGCUCCUCUAGUGGCUUGCCACCGCUACCUUAUCAGAGGCGCCCCAGUGUUGGGGUUUUGGUAGCCAGUGGACAAAAUCGACAGCCCAUGAAAGAUGAGGCCUCCACUAAUUCAAGCGAAUCAACCGAAGAAACUGAAUUCGAGAGAGCGGAUAUAUCAAUUAGAAAAGAAGGGAGGGCAUUUCAAUACAAACAUAGUGCUCGACGUUCUUCAAAUUUCUUCCCUGGUGGUCGUCGAAGAAUGGCGGUGCGAUACUGUUACCCCUCCAAGGAAAAGUCCAUUGAACCUCAUUUGAUUGGUUCUUCGCUGUUACUUGCGAGUGUUAUCCAGAUGGGCAAUGCUGCGAAAGAAAAACAAUUGGAAGAAUCAACCAUCUCACUCUGUCCCUGUACUGGCUCAGAUGCUGAGGAAGCCAGUGUCCUGGAAGUGGAAAAAAAGAUGGGCACGAAAAAAGAUGGCUGGCCCAGAUCUCGAGUGCAUGCAACCCAAGGUGUUUUGACAGAACGCAUCAAACCCCGACUAUUCCUCCGACCUCCUCGCUGUCUGAGACGGAACUCCUCCCAUCUCCUUCCAGCUGAAUCCAUCUAUCAUAAUAGUGAAUUGCGCUAUGGGCUUUAUGGUCGCUAUAAUCAUCGAGGAUCGAGUCAUAGUUCCCAAGCUCUAAAAGCACUAUUUCAUACUUCUACCAGCAAUGCCAGUCUGAGGCAGAUGGCCUCAGCAGAUCUGAAGUUGGAUCCUGAAGCAUUUCUUUGUGAACCUACCGUCCCAAAUAGCUGCUCUUCGCUUCUCAGUGCCUCAGAGGGGUCGACACAUUAUGAUCCAUAUCUGGAAACAUGGGAGAACUUCCUAUCGAAAGCAAUAGCAAAAUCUGGCCUGCGCCAUCUGCCCUGUCAGCCUAGUACAUCAACUUUAAACCGAUCAGAAUCAGAAGCAAGCUUCAGCAGCACUGUUGACUGGACUGAAUCUGCUCAGUAUGGAGAUCAUAUAUGGUUUGAGACCAAUGUGUCUGGAGACUACUGUUAUGUGGGAGAACAACACUGUAUUGCCAGAGCACUGCAAAAGUCAGUCACUCGGAGAAAGUGUGCUGCCUGCAAGAUAGUUGUCCACACAAUUUGUAUUGAACAACUGGAGAAGAUUAAUUUCAGAUGCAAGCCAUCUUUCAGGGACUCUAGUUUCAAAAACAUUCGAGAGCCGAACGUUGUACGUCAUCACUGGGUUCAUCGAAGAAGACAAGAAGGAAAAUGUAAACAAUGUGGCAAGGGCUUCCAGCAGAAGUUUGCUUUCCACAGUAAAGAGAUUGUUGCCAUUAGUUGCUCCUGGUGCAAACAGGCGUUCCACAACAAGGUGUCCUGUUUCAUGUUGCACCAAAUUGAGGAGGUUUGUCCAAUUGGAGCUCACGCUGCCCUCAUAGUUCCACCUUCAUGGGUUGUUCGAGUCCGACGUUGCCAGGCAUCCAUGAAGUCAAGUAAGAAGAAAAAAAGAACAUCCUUCAAGAGGAAAAGCAGUAAAAAAGGAGCAGAGGAUGUACGACAGUGGAAACCCUUCAUCAUCCGGCCCAUUCCUUCCCCAUUGAUGAAACCACUAGUGGUGUUUGUCAACCCCAAAAGUGGUGGAAACCAGGGCACUAAAAUCCUUCAGUCUUUCAUGUGGUAUCUAAACCCAAGGCAGGUUUUUGAUCUGGGCCAGGGAGGACCCAAAGAGGGGUUGGAGCUGUAUCGUAAGGUUCACAACCUGAGGAUUCUGGCCUGUGGAGGGGAUGGAACUGUGGGAUGGAUCAUCUCCUGCCUUGAUGAACUUGCGUUGAAUCCUCAACCUCCUGUGGCAGUGUUACCACUUGGGACAGGAAAUGACCUUGCUAGGACUCUCAACUGGGGAGGGGGCUAUACAGAUGAACCUCUGUCCAAAAUCCUGUCUCAUGUUGAGGAUGGAACUGUGGUCCAGCUUGAUAGGUGGAAUCUACAGGUUGAAGCCAAUCACAAUGCUGGGGCUGAAGUAGAUGAGCAGCAAACCGAUAAGCUUCCCCUGGAUGUGUUCAAUAAUUACUUCAGCCUUGGAUUUGACGCACAUGUUACCUUAGAGUUCCACGAGUCAAGAGAAGCCAACCCAGAGAAGUUUAACAGUCGUUUCAGAAACAAGAUGUUCUAUGCUGGGACAGCAUUCUCAGAUUUCCUCAUGGGAAGCUCCAAAGACUUGUCGAAACACAUCCGAGUCGUGUGUGAUGGGACAGAUUUAACAUCAAAGAUUCAGGAUUUGAAGCUGCAGUGUUUGGUAUUUCUCAACAUUCCCAGGUACUGUGCAGGUACCACACCUUGGGGAAACCCAAGUGAACACCAUGACUUUGAACCUCAGCGCCAUGACGAUGGAUAUAUCGAGGUCAUUGGCUUCACCAUGACAUCACUGGCAACUCUUCAGGUUGGAGGCCAUGGGGAGAGGUUGAAUCAGUGCCGUGAAGUAACGCUUACGACCACAAAGCCUCUUCCUGUACAGGUCGAUGGGGAACCAUGUAGACUUGCCCCCUCCAUCAUCAACAUCAGUCUCAGAAACCAGGCCAAUAUGGUCCAGAAAACGAAACGGCGGACAUCGUUGCCACACCUCAAUGACCAACAGCCAGUUCCAGAGAGGCUGAGGCUUCGUGUCAACAGAAUCACCAUGAGUGACUAUGACGCUCUCCACUAUGAUAAGGAUAAAUUGCGACAAGCGUCGAUUCCACUGGGACUCAUAGUGGUUCCGGGAGACAGCGACUUAGAGACCUGCAGAGCACAUAUCCAGCGUUUACAAGAGGACCUCUCCUCCGUCAACUCUUCUUCGAGAUGUGUUGGACUUCAGGGAGAAGUUGACACUACGAAGAAUCUUUCUUCACAGCGUUUGUCCCCAAAGUGGUGUUUCCUUGAUUCUACAACUGCUGAUCGUUUUUACAGGAUAGACAGAGCACAGGAACAUCUCAACUAUGUGUCAGAAAUUUCCCACGAGGAACUCUUUAUUCUGGACCCGGAAUUGAUUGCAACAAUGACAGUUGGCACUUCCCCAGCUGCCAUGCCUGACCUGGUUCAUCCUUCAUCCAGCUUGGCCAACAACGGGGAAAGCAGUUUAAAUCAGAACCCCAAUGAUGUGUUUGUCUUCCCUGUGGCUUCCUGUCUUUCUCCAACAUCAUCAGCAUCUUACAAGAUGAACAGUGACAGCUCUGCCUCACCACUGAGUUCAAUACCUGAGGCUGGAAAACUACAAAGGAAAGGUUGUAUCCAGCGUUUCAUCACCACUAGUGAUGAGUUUAAGACAAUGAGGCAUGAAACAGGUCAAAAGUCAAGUGAUGCAGGAGGAGGAGAAGAGGAAAAAGACCUGCUGAUUCAGAGUGUAAGGAGCAACAAUAUGAAAAAGAUGCAGGAACUGCAUGAAAAAGGAUGUGACCUCACAUGUGUUGACCAAUCGGGCUGCAGCCUGCUCCACCAUGCUGUCAGUGCGGGAAGCAAGGAGAUGGUCCGCUUCAUCCUUGACAAUGCUCCAAAUGACCUCAUUGAUGUUACAGAACACAUACAUGGCGAAACAGUUCUUCAUCGAGCCGCGUCACUGUGUCACAGGACCAUCUGCCAUUACCUGGUUGAGGCAGGAGCCUCGCUGAUGAAAACAGACAUCCAGGGAGACACCCCAAAGAACCGGGCCGAGAAGGCUCACGAUGCUGAGCUGGCAGCAUACCUGGAGAACCGGCAGCACUACCAGAUGAUCCAGAGGGAGGACCAAGAAACAGCCGUGUAAGCGUCUUCAGAACCAAAGUGCAAGAAGUGGCCAAGUGUGAGUGGACCAGUGCCAAAAGUCACGAUGAUAAGGACCAGUACUAAACAUAUUUACCAAGAAACAACUCAGGACGUUCUUUUUCCUGUAGUCUCACUAGAUCAUAAACGGUGUGCGGAUGUGUUGUGGCAAAGGCUGUAGGAGGAGUCAGGUGUCACAGAAACAUUUGAAAUAACUACAAAUGUCUGAGACUUAUUUUUUAACUUUUAGAUUUGUUUUUUUCCUGUUUGGACCCAAAGUAUCCCUCCACAUGACUGACUGACAAAGCACGAUUAAUUGUAAACUAGAAGCCUCUAGCAAGUGUGUUGCUAUUCUAGUUGUAUUUUCUUUGUUGCCUUUUGUACUAAAUUGUGCAUAGUAAAUUAUUUCAUGUUGCUUGCACAGCUUACAUAGCCAAAUAUUCACAUACCAAAAAGAAAGAUUUGGAUAACGCUUGUUAGAAAUUUAGCGCUUGAUGUUCGCAUCUUUAACUUGCAAGGUCAUUUUGUUUAUUUAUACUUUCCAAUACAUCUUUCAAAUAAGUUGAUACACUGGUUGUGAACUGUUUUUUUGUGGUUGUUUUGCUGUAUUUGUUUUUAAAAUUGCAUGUCUUGCGGUAAUAAAACAUUUUCCAGUGGUUUUA